AUGUCUUUGGCAAAGUACUUUUACUGGCACUUUGUCGCUAUCAGCUUGUUGGUAGCGACAGCGGCAUGCAGUUCCCGGGACUCUUUUCGCAAUAGAUGUCUGGCCUUCAAACCCGCGCGAUUUAUCCGCAACUCGACUUUGACGCGUCAAGAAUUUGUUUCGGCUGAUACCACCUUAGAUUUAUCCGACAACGUCUCAUCCUGCAACCGCCGCUCCCAGCUUGUCACAGUCGACCUCUGCCGCAUUGCUCUACAAAUCCCUACCUCAAAACGGUCCAGCAUCAGUUUUGAAUUGUGGCUGCCUCGUGAAUGGGAAGAAAAGCGAUACCUUGCGACUGGCAAUGGUGGCGUUGAUGGAUGUAUCAAGUAUGAAGAUCUCGGAUAUGGUACAUCGCAUGGAUUCGCUACAAUGGGUACCAACGGUGGCCACAAUGGCACCACAGCAAUUACUAUGUUGAACAAUCCCGACGUUGUUAAGGACUUUUCUUACAGAGCUCUUCACACAGGCACCGCAUCGGCCAAAAAGCUGAUCAAGUCUUUUUACGGUAAGACUCCUGCGAAGAACUAUUAUAUCGGCUGUUCUUUGGGCGGUCGAAUGGGGAUCAAGGCCGCGGAGAAAUACCCUAAGGACUACGAUGGUAUCGUGGCUGGAAGUCCUGCUGUCGACUUCAACAACCUUCAAGGGCAAAGGGCUAUGUUCUACCCCAUCACGGGCGAUGCGAACUCCGCCAACUACAUACCCCUCACGACUUGGACUGGCCUCAUUCACGACGAAGUCCUUGCACAAUGCGACAAGAUAGACGGUGUCAAAGACGGCAUCAUCGAGGUUCCAGAGAAGUGCUUGUUCAACCCCAAAACUCUUCUCUGCAAAGGCACGCAGACCAGCAAAUGCCUAAACGCGGCCCAAGUAAAACAAGUGGAACGAAUCUACGCUCCGUAUACCUACCCUGACGGCAAACUCAUCUUCCCGCGCAUGAACCCUGGCAACGAGCUGCAGACGGUGUCCAAGCUCCUCGCCGGAAAGCCCUUUGACUAUUCGGUGGAUUGGUUCCGCUAUGUCGUGUACAAUGACCCGGAGUGGGAUGCAAGCACUUACAGCGUCAACGACGUCCGAAAGGCUGACAAACUGAACCCAUCUGACAUCCGAACGUAUCCCAAAUCACUUCCAGCCUUCAAGAAACGCGGCGGAAAGCUGCUCAGCUACCACGGCGGCCAGGAUAACCAGAUCACCCAGUUCAACACACAUCGUUUCUGGAAUCACAUGGCGGCCUCUGACCAUAGUCUGCGCGAUUAUUACCGCUACUUCCCCAUAUCAGGCAUGUUCCACUGUAACACAGGCCCUGGUGCCUGGGCAGUGGGGCAGGGCGGUGGUGCUCCCGCUGCGGGAGUUCCUUUUGAACCCGAGUACAACGUGUUGGCGGCUAUUGUCGCGUGGGUCGAGAAGGGAGAUGCACCCGAAAGUUUAACUGGUACCAAGUUUAUCAAUGAUACAUACACUGAGGGGGUUGACUUUCGCCGCAAGCAUUGUCUGUAUCCCAAGACGCAGACAUAUGUUGGUGGGGAUCCCAAGAAGGUUACCAGUUGGCGAUGUAAAUAA